AUGGGGCUCAAAGAUACGCCUCCGCCGCAUGUGCCAGAAUGGCUGCCCAUCGCGUCGACCUGCGUGCUGGGAGUCGGGGCAGUCUGCUGGUACCUGACGUACAUCCUCAUCACGAUCCGCGCGACCCAGACCAAGUCAUACGGCAUGCCGCUGAUGGCGACGGUGCUCAACUGGUCGUGGGAGGUGAUUUACGCAUUCUACGCCGCCGAGCACCCGAUCGAGUUCCUGGGGCUCGCCGCCUGGUUCACGCUCGACAUCGGCAUGGUCUACACCACGGUCGUGUACGCGCCGCACGACUGGAAGUACUCGAGCCGGCGGGUGGGGCGGCACAUGUUUGCCAUCCUGCUUGGCCUCACCGCCGUCGGCGUCUGGGGCAACUACGCCUUUGCCGAGUGGUUCCUCGCCGAGGAGGGGAGGGGCUUCGGCGACAAGACGGGCAAGUGGUUCCGGGGCAGGGAGGGCUUCGACACGAUGGAGAUGGCCUUUUGGAGCGCGCUGGUGCCGCAGGCGUACAUUAGCGGUGCCAGCCUGGCCAUGUUGAUCUCGAGAGGGCACAGUGGUGGUGUGAGCUAUGCGAUCUGGUUCGUACGCUCACUGGGCUCCUUUGUCGGUCUCGUCGCCCUGCCCGGAAUGAUGUGGUGGUACUGGCCCGAGGCGCACGGCUACUUUCUCAACCCACUGGCCACGUUCAUGCAGGCCCUGUUUCUCUUGCCCGAUAUCGUCUAUCCCUUUGUGCUCUACCAGAUCCGCAAGACAGAAGUUGUGCUGCCGGAUGGAAGGCUUGUCAGUGCCGAGCACGCCGUGAUUGAAAAGCGGCUUGAGGGAUAUGGCCUGGUCAAGGCCGAAAAGGGAAUGGCGCAGGACAGCGAAUAA